UUUUUUAUAAAAUACGUCACGGACCCAGCAGAAAUGAUAGCAAUUGUCCACAUUUCCGUCUCAUGUCACCUUAAUACUUUCGGACUAAACAAAUUAUAUAUUUGACACUACGCACAACAAUUUGCCCAUCAAAAUUGACAUAUACGCAACUAAAUGGCAGACACACAACUUGCUCACCAAUUGCUCCGACCAAACGCCACCGUAUACGGUAGUUUACGGCGAUCGAGCGCUGCUGCGUUGAAUAUUAACCCGGCCUUCCCACCCUUCAAAGCCUUGGCUUACAGGAGCCUAAAAACCAAGUACACCAAGUUGGCCGUUAGAUCGGUUAGUCUUAAUGUGGACCAAUAUUAUUGCGCGCCAAAAUCAUCGGCCGUCGUCGACGUGAAACGGUUGGUGGAUUUCUUGUACGAGGAUCUACCCCAUGUCUUUGAUGAUCAGGGGAUUGAUCGGACGGCGUACGACGAACACGUGAAGUUCAGCGAUCCGAUCACCAAGCAUGAGUCUCUUAGCGGGUAUCUAUUUAACAUUGCCUUCUUGAAAACUCUCUUCAAGCCACAGCUCCAGUUGCACUGGGUCAAACAGACAGGUCCGCAUGAAAUAACUGCAAGAUGGACUGUGGUUAUGGAGUACGUUCUUUUGCCUUGGAAACCAGAAUUGGUUCUCACAGGAACCUCAAUCAUGGGCAUAAAUCCAGAGACUGGCAAGUUUUGCACUCAUGUGGACCUGUGGGAUUCAGUUAGGGAGAAUAACUUUUUUUCCAUGGAAGCCUUUUGGUAUAUAAUUAAACAGAUGUGUAUUUACUGGAUUUACAGAACACCAGACAUUGGAACUGCCAAAUAUCAGAUAUUGAAAAGAAUGCCAAAUUACGAGGUGAGAAAGUAUAGCCCAUUGGCGGCAAUGGAAGGAACUGAGUACAUUUUUGGAAAGAAUUCCCCCAAGAAGAAUAGACCAAUUACUAGUACUACCUCAUCGUUAGAUCUUACUAAUCAAGGUACAGUAGAUAUGAGAAACAAAAAAAGAGGCAGUAUUGCCGCUGUAUUAAGGUUCAGUGGAAAACCUACCGAGAAAAUUGUGCGGGAGAAGGAUAAAAUUCUGCGAUCGCGUCUUAGUGCCGACGGUCUCAAACCUGAGAUCGGUUGUUUCCUUGCAGCUCGUCACAAUGAUCCACAAAGAACUUGGAGCUUUCCCGUGAGGAAUGAAGUGCUAAUGUGGCUCGAAGACUUCACAAUGGACUAGCUAGCAGGUUCAAAUGGUCUUUCCAACACUAUAGCUCUUCUUGUUAUUGAUCAUUUUCUUCUCCAUGAAAGUUGUUA